CGGCCGACUGCGCACCUGCUGAAGCGGAGCCCCUUGGCCUGCCAUGUCGCGCGCCGCGCCGAGCGCGCCACUGCAGCCGCCCCUGUGCGCGCGAGACGGGGGCACGAUCGCUCCUGAGGAGGGCCGCUGGGCGAGCCGCCGAGGGAGGCGCAGAUGCGGGCGGCGGCCGCGGCGGAGGCCCCGCCGCGAGGUCUGCAGACACCGUCGGCCCUGGGCGCGGCUAGGACCUCGCCGCCGCCCAAGGGCGCCACGGCGAGGCAGCAGGCUGCGACUCGGCCGCAGGCCUCCCGACCGGGCUCGGGCGUGCGGAGCGGGGUGGCCGGUGCGCAGAGCCCCCGGGGCGAGGCCGGCGCGGACGCGAGCACCAAGCCCAUGCAGGUGCCUGCGGCGGAUCGGCCACCAUGCCAGCGACGCACUCUGUGUGGC